GGUGGGUUGGAUGGGUUCGAGACGUUUUUUUAGGAAAAUAUCGUCGGUUGGAGAUGGUCUAACUAUCAAGAGCCACCGCGGAUCCUGCCCUUGGCUGCGAUUCAUUUCUUAUCGUUGCGGCGACUUUCCUGUCUUCGCGAUCUUCCUUCUGCGAUUUGGAGUUUUGUAGAUUGUUGGCGAAGAUAUCAUCGGCAAAGGUCCAGGUCUCUACACCGAUAUUGGAAAGAGAGCUCGAGAUCUGCUGUAUAAGGAUUUCAACAGCGACCAGAAGUUCACAUUGACUACCUAUUUUCCCACUGGAGUUCUUUGCAUACUGCAGAACCCACAAAGCCAUUGCCUCCUAACACAACAAUCUGAAACAGAACAGGGAGACGGAGAUCUGAUUGCGGGAAUGAGGAAAUCGUCGACGUCUACGAGGGAUGCCCAGGACCUCUUCCGUUCUCUGCGGUCUGCUUACGCUGCAACUCCCACAAACCUGAAGAUCAUUGAUGUUUACAUCGGUUUUGCAGUCACCACGGCCUUGAUUCAGGUAGUUUAUAUGGCCAUUGUUGGGUCAUUCCCCUUCAACUCCUUCCUUUCAGGGGUUCUUUCGUGUGUCGGGACUGCUGUCCUUGCUGUGUGUCUUCGGAUUCAAGUGAACAAAGAAAACAAGGAAUUCAAGGAUUUACCUCCGGAACGAGCUUUUGCAGAUUUCAUACUCAGCAACCUGGUGCUUCAUCUGGUCAUCAUGAACUUCCUCGGAUAAAGCCGGCAAGAAAAGCAGCAGCAUCACGACGAAAAGCAGCUGCACAAAACGACAAGAAACAGAGGAGACAACAGCAUCAGCAAUAACUUUGUGUAUUGUGGAGAUGGUGAAAUUAAUAACAAUAAUAAUAAUAUAUUCAUUUUAACU